CGCGACCUGUGCACUAGAAAAGGCGCAAACGAAAACGGCGACGCCCAGAGCCAUUUUCGAAUUUGACAUGUCUGGUCCCAUCCGUGUCCUGACCGAGCGCGUGAUGAGCCGCGGCUUCGAGCCGACCGUGACCCGCCUCCUCGACCAAAUGCAGUCCGUGGUGCGCAAGCAGCCGGGGUUCAUUUCGGUGGAAACGUGGGGCGACAUCCAAGAUCACCACAACCACGUGACGCUGUCGCAGUGGCGAACCCAACACGAGUACAAGGCGUGGGAGGAGAGUGUGGAGUACAAGACGCUCAGGGCGUCGCUGGUGGAAGUGUUGGAUACGCCCACGGAGCGCACGCGCAUCUUUCAAUCCCCCAAGGACGAAAUGUUCUUGCUUUGAACAAUUAACUGUUAAUUAUUGUGAAGUUACGUGUGAACCCAAA